CUCUUCAAAGUCCAAAAAUAUAUACUUAUCUACUUAUAUAUAUGUCUUCCUCUUCUCCUAAUUCCUCUUGUCUCAACUUAUUGGAAUCUGCUGAUCAUAAAAUUAACUCCAUGGAUCCUUCUGAACAUCUUUGCUAUGUCCGUUGCAGCUUCUGUAACAUUAUUCUUGCGGUGGGAAUUCCAUGCAAGAAGCUGUUGGAUACUGUGACAGUGAAAUGUGGGCAUUGUGGUAAUCUUUCCUUUUUAAGCAGUAGACCUCCACUUCAACCACAAUUUUAUGAUCACCAACCCAUUCAUCAGCAUCAAGAUUUGUUCAACAAUUUCAAGAAGGGACAGUCUUCAUCUUCAAGUGAACCAUCAUCUCCAAAGGCACCUUUUGUUGUAAAACCUCCUGAGAAGAAGCACAGGCUACCAUCGGCCUACAAUCGGUUCAUGAAGGAUGAGAUACAGCGUAUUAAAACAGCACAUCCAGAGAUUCCACACAGAGAAGCUUUCAGUGCAGCAGCUAAAAAUUGGGCUAGGUACAUUCCAAAUACUCCAAAUGGGACCUUGGCUGAGAAGUGA